UAAGAUCAUGUUCGUUUAAUUCAUCAGAACCGGAAGGGAGCAACCAUGAUGAAUGAUGCCAGCGAGAUGUUGGCCGCAGCCUUGGAACAGAUGGAUGGAAUAAUAGCAGGCUCCAAGGCCAUCGACUACUCCAACGGCCUGUUUGACUGCCAGUCUCCGACCUCGCCCUUCCUGAGCAGCCUGCGGGCACUGCACCUCCUGGAGGACCUGCGUGGGGCCCUGGAGAUGAUGGACGGGGACGAGAGGGACAGCCUGCGCUGUCAGGUGUCUAACACCACCGCCGACGGGCUGACGGAGUGGCUCCAGGGACGCCUGACCAAUGGCCAUAGCUCCGUGGGAGGGGAUCUUGUCUACCAGGAGCGUCUCAGUCGCCUGGAGAGUGAUAAAGAAUGCCUAGUGCUCCAGGUGAGUGUUUUGACAGACCAGGUUGAGGUGCAGGGAGAAAAAAUAAGGGACCUAGAGAUGUGCCUUGAGGAACACCGUGAGAAGCUGAACUCUACAGAAGAGAUGCUACAACAGGAGUUGGUUGGCCGGUCCACACUUGAGACGCAAAAGCUGGAGCUGAUGACUGAAGUGUCCAGCCUAAAACUAAAGUUGGCCUCUGUGGAGAGAGACCGCAGAGAAACUGAGGGUCUGCUCCAAGAGGUGAAUGACCUUCGUGUUAGAGUAGUUGACAUGGAGAAUGAAAGGAUCCAGCAUGAGAAGAAACUGAGAAGCACCAAAGACGAGCUGCUGGUCUUGCAUAAACAGCUGGAAGAGAAAGAGGCAGAGCUGAAGAACCUGCAUGCCUGGGCACAGCAAGAGGUUGCAACCCCAAAAAGUGGCCUGAAUGUAGGCAGAGACACGGACGUGCAAAGAAUGAAAAAGGCAAUGGAGUCGGUGAUGACGGCAAAUGCUGAAAAGGACCGUAAAAUUGAUGAGCUUCAGCAGUCAUUGACGCGUUUCCAGAAGGGUCAGGACAUGGUCAUGUCCGUACAGGAAAAGAAAGAUAAACCGAAGGAGGACACUAGUGCGGGGAGCCUCGGUGAUAUCGCAGCUUCAGUUGCCUUGGAGAUGGAGACGUCCUCCCCAGGAGGUGUGGAGGAGAGCGAUGAGCCCCAGCUGAUUCCAUGCACAGAGCUCCUGGAGUCUGAGUUAGUUUGUAUGGCAACAGCCAAGGCCACCACCCCAGCAGAGCAGGCCAGCGAGGCGAAGGCUCCAGGGACCACAGAGAACUCUUCGGAUGUUUCUUUAUCAAGGAGCACAGAUCGUGUUACCAAGGCAGAAGAGGGCCAGGAAGAACAGCGGCUAAAGGACAUCUCAGCAGCCAAAGCUGGCCCAUCAGAGGGAGAGAGCUUUGGGUCUAAGAAAGCUCGAUCUUCCUUUGGCAGAGGAUUCUUCAAGAUCCGAGGAGGCAAGAGGACAGCCAGUACCCCUAACCUGGACCAUAGGUGGAGUGCAAGUGCCCCUUCGUUAGCUGAGACAGAACGAAAGGGGACUGAUCACCUGGACUUGGCAGGAGCACCAACUCGCAAGUCACAAGACAGAGAGACCACACAGGCACUACCCACAUCCACAGAGACCAAGAAAAAGCCCAAGGGAUUGAGAAAGUUCUUUGGGAGACUCAGGAGAAGCCACUCCACUUCAUUCAACCUGGAUGUUGCAGAGGGCGAAUUUAGGAGAGGUGGCGUCAGAGCUACUGCAGGCCCCCGUCUGGGUUGGUCACGGGACCUACAGCGGGGCAACAGUGAGCUGGACACCCCGUUUGCACGCUGGACCAAAGACCAGGUGUGUGGGUGGCUGCAGGAGCAGGGCCUGGGGGUGUACGCAAAUCAAGCUCAGCACUGGAUCCAGUCAGGACAGACUCUGCUACAGGCUUCGCAGCACGACCUGGAGAAGGAGUUGGGGAUCAAGCACCCGCUUCACAAGAAGAAGCUGCAGUUAGCUCUUCAAGCUUUGGGCUCAGAGGAAGAGGAUGCCAAGGACAAGCUGGACUACAACUGGGUGACCAGAUGGCUGGAUGACAUUGGCCUUCCUCAGUACAAGUCCCACUUUGAUGAGGGGAAGGUGGACGGUCGCAUGCUCCACUACAUAACUGUGGAUGACCUCCUGGGCCUGAAGGUGGGCAGUGUGCUCCACCACCUCAGCAUCAAACGGGCCAUCCAGGUGUGCCGGCUCAACGGAUACGAGCCCAACUGCCUCCGCCGGCGACCCUCAGAUGAAAACAACAUCACACCGGCUGAGAUCUGCCAGUGGACCAACCACCGGGUGAUGGAGUGGCUGCGCUCAGUGGACUUGGCCGAGUACGCGCCCAACUUGAGGGGCAGUGGUGUCCACGGCGGACUGAUGGUUCUGGAGCCCCGCUUUAAUGUAGAGACCCUCGCCCUGCUGCUCAACAUUCCGCCCAGUAAGACUCUGCUUAGGCGUCACCUGGCAACCCACUUCCAUCUCCUGAUUGGCUCAGAGGCCCAAAGGCUCAAGCAAGAGUGUCUAGAAAACCCUGACUACACGUUACUCACCGCCACAGCCAAAGUCAAGCCAAGGAGGCUGUCGUUUGGCAGCUUUGGGACACUGCGGCGCAAGCGGCAAGAGGACAGCGAGGAGUACCUCUGCCCCAUGGACGUGGAGAUGCCCCAGAGCAGCAGCUUCCACAUGGGACUGAGGGCCUAUGAAGAUGAGAUGGACCAGCUGGAGCAGAUGGAGGACUCUGAGGGAACUGUGAGACAAAUAGGGGCUUUUUCUGAAGAGAUUAACAACCUAACGAGUAUGCUGAAGGAGGAGGAGGAGGAGUAUUUCAGUGAGGGGUCACCAGACGCCAGUGCCACUGACGACGACAUAUGAACCAAAAGUCUGCCACUACAGUAUACAAAUGACUAUGGCAAUCUCAGCACUUUGACCACUAAAGCACAGAUAACCUACACACACACACACAUACACACAUUUUACGCAGUCUUAAUGUGAUCAGAUUAUACUUGGGGGUGAGUAGUAUUAUUACACUUUCCCCCUAAUGUGCCAUGAAAUAUGUUGUUUCUGAAUGCAGCUCUUAAAUCAGUGCAGGAUUAGUGUUGGGAAAGGUGUGGAUUAGACCUGUAUCUCUUAUUAUAUAAUGUUAAUCUAUUUUUACCUCUUUGGCAUGCGUACCCCACAGUGAGGUACUGUGAGGAACUCAAGGAACUUUAAUCUGAAUUUAUUUUGAUUCGGUGCCAACUUUGGACUAUUGUUCCCAGUGUGUUUCAAAAUGUCACGUAUUCAUUUAAUUGUGUCUUUACGAUGACGAAUUGAAAGCUGCCGUACGUGCUCUAAUGCAUUCGAACAUAUCACAUAUGACCCCCUAACUUUUGUAUUUUUAAAACUUUAAUCUUUUUUUAUUAACUGUAGCAACAGCCAUCUAUUUAUCAUGUAGUAGAAGACCAAGGUUUUUUUUGUCUCCAUACAAUUUAGACUUUUGAGCAAGUUUGGUUCACCUAUUCCUUUAAAACAAUUUGUUUUCUACAAUAUGCAUUGUGAGUAACAGUGUGUUCAUUGAAUGCAUUUCAAACCCUGAAAUAGAUUUAGCCCAAAUAUAAAUCUGGACUGAGGUACUUGCAGAAUACUAGUAUAUCAUAUUGAUCUUUGUUCAUCGCUUAUUGAAAUUCAUCAAGAAUUUAGUUUGAUCAAGCAACUUUCUUUGAUCCACUGUUUAAUGUGUUUGGUCAGCGGAAUUCUCUAUGAAACUGUUUCUUUUUCUCCAGCGUUCUAAUGCUGUUUGCUUUAAAGGUUCGCAUCAGUAUCUGAACAGAGCUGCUUGAUUAAAAGGUUAACAUACUGCAUCUGAACAAGUGAAGUGACACAUUCUGCCAAAAGCCCAGAAAGUUCAUCGCAGACUAUAUUAAAUAUAUUUUCUCAUUUUUGUUUCUUAUUCUACACAGCUAUCAUGGACUUUUAUAUGAAUUCUUUACUUUUAUAGGAAAUUUGCCAACAGUGAUAUUGUUAUGCAAAAUCAAACUAUAUCAGUCUAAGCUAUAUGUACUGUGUACGGUUACUGUUUUAGAAGUCAAUAAAGUACUUCCAAAAUAA